AAUUGUACGAUUCUCGGCGAGAAACAGCUUCAUAGAUAUCGGAUAGACAGGGAAGGGAUAUUGUGAAGCUUAGGCCACACAAAGGAAACCGAUCUAUAAUCUGCUCCCGAACCAGGUUUUAGAAAAGCACACUCAAUCAGCUUCCUGCCAUCAUGUUGAUCAAGGAGAGCCACGUUGACGUGCAGACGAGUGUCAAUGGCAAGGAGAGUUCGAUGAGGAUCUUCCUUUUCCACCCUACAAUCCCUGGGUACCCCAACGCACGGUUCCCCGGCGUUGCCCUCUUCAGCGAGAUCUACCAAGUCACUGGGCCCGUGGCGAGAUUCGCUAGACAAAUCGCAGGCCAGGGCUAUAUCGUCGCUGCCCCAAGCAGCUAUCAUGACUUCACUGGUCCUGAGCCAUUGGCAUAUGACGUCCCCGGAACCGAUCAAGGGAACGAGUGGAAGGUCGCCAAGACCCUUGAUUCGUACGACGAGGACUCCCAGAAGACCGUCGACUACCUCCUCAGCCUGCCAACAUGCACUGGAAGGAUCGGUAGCACAGGUAUGUGCCUAGGCGGGCAUCUAGCCCUUCGAGCAGCCCUCGACCCCCGCAUCAGCGCCUCAGUCUGCUACUUCCCAACCGACAUCCACAGCCGCACCCUCGGCCCCAACCAAGGCCCGGACCCCUCCCCCCCCUCCGCCUCCACCUCCACUACCAGCCGCCACACCCUAGACCUCCUCCCGUCCCUCCGCGGCGAGUCGGCCCUCAUCUUCGGCCUGCGCGACACGCACGUCCCGGACGCCGGGCGCGACUCCAUCCGGGCGGCGCUGCGCGCCGCCGGCGCCGUCUUCUCGUGGCACGAGUUCGCGUGGGCGCAGCACGCCUUCAUCCGCGACGAGCUCAGCAAGGGCCGCUACGACCCGGCUGUCUCGAGGGCCUGCUUCGAGGUCCUGCUCGAGGUCUUUGGCCGCGUGCUCCGGACCGACCUCGGCGAGGGCGGCGGCGACGGGGGCGCGGUCGAGCACGUCUGCUGAGUGAGGGUUGGCUGAUGGCUUGGGGUUGAGGCUUGGAAGGGACGGAUACUCUAGUUAGGUACUCGGAGGGGAGCAAAACGCAGAUCCGAUGCGGGAGUGCCUGACGCCGUUGGCCGUUCAAACACCCUCCCGUUUGUACAGUACUUCCGAGUACACACGAGGGCCAAAACGGAUAUACAUGUCAUGUAUUCAAGCAGUCCAACGAAAUAUACUGCGUGAAAUCGCAACACUGGCCCACAGCUACACCAUUACUCGUACUCUUACGUCGGCGGUGUGGCCAG